UGCAGGAGAACUACGAGACGGUGACCUCGCUGGGGUUUCCCAUUCCCAAACCUGAGCUGAUCACCCAGCUGGAACAAGGGGAAGAGCCGUGGGUGCCCGAUCUCCAGGCGUGCGAAGAAAGAGAGAGCCCAAGAGGCACUCGCACAGGUGAAGACUGACACAGAAACCUUCUGGGGAAUGAAGGAAAAAGUUGAGAAUCCCAAAAAUAUGCAGGUGAUAAGAGAGUGAGUGAGAAUGAAGAGGAGAAUCAUGAUGCAGAUGUUCCUGGUAAAGUGGAACCACAGGAGACCUUUAUGGGAAGAGCUGAAGGGAAUUUUUCCCAGUGCUGGGAACAGGGAGAAGCUUGUGGAAAUUGGCACAGGUCAGAGAAGCUUGUGGGAAACCACCCAGAGAAGAAAGCGGAUGAAUAUAUUAUCCGUGGGAGAGGAGACAAGGAUCCCAGAGCACAGCAGACAAAUCCAAAGCAAGAGACACCCUGGCACUGCCUGCAGUGUGGGAAAAGAUUCAUUCUGAGCUCACAGCUUGUAACACAUCAGACAAGCCAUACUGGAGAGAAACCCCUUCAAUGCUUGGAUCGUGGAGAAAGCUUUAGCAACUGCUUAGACCUUAAUAACCAUGGCAGACGCCACACAGAAGAGAACCCCGCUCAAUGCCUCGAGUGCAGGAAAUGUUUCAUUUGGAAGUCAGAAAUAAUUACACAUCAUAUAAGCCACACAGGAGAUAAGUGCAUGGACUGUGGAGAAAGUUUCAUACAGAGUUCAGACCUUGAUAAACAUCAGAGAAUCCACACAGGAGAGAGACCUCACAAGUGCGUGUACUGUGGGAAAAGUUUCAGGUGGAGGUCAGCCCUUUUUAAACACCAGACAAUCCACACAGGAGAGAGACCCCAUAAGUGCUUAGACUGUGGAAAAAGUUUCAUAUGGAAGUCAGACCUUGUUAAACAUCAGGCAUUCCACGCAGGAGUAAGAUCCCAUAAGUGUUUAGUCUGUGGGAAAAGUUUCAUACGGAGGUCAGACCUUGUUAAACAUCAGAGAAUCCACACAGGAGAGAGACCUCACAAAUGCAUGGACUGUGGAAAAAGUUUCAUACAGAGAUCAGACCUUGCUAAACAUCAGAGAAUCCACACAGGAGAGAGACCUUACAAGUGUGUGGACUGUGGAAAAAGUUUUGUACAAAAGUCAGCCCUUGUUAAACAUCAGAGAAUUCACACAGGAGAGAGACCCCAUAAGUGCUUGGAUUGUGGGAAAACGUUCAGAAUCACAUCGGCCCUUGUUUUCCAUCAGAAAAUCCACACAGGAGAGAGACCCCAUAAGUGCUUACACUGUGGAAAAAGUUUCAUAUGGAGGUCACACCUUAUUAAACAUCAGGCAUUCCACACAGGAGUAAGAUCCCAUAAGUGUUUAGUCUGUGGGAAAAGUUUCAAACAAAGGUCAGACCUUGUUAAACAUCAGCGAAUCCACACAGAAGAGAGACCUCACAAAUGUGUGGACUGUGGAAAAAGUUUCAAACAGAGGUCAGACCUUGCUAAACAUCAGAGAAUCCACACAGGAGAGAGACCUCACAAGUGUGUGGACUGUGGAAAAAGUUACAUACAGAAGUCAGACCUUGUUAAACAUCAGAAAAUCCACACGAGAGGGAGAUCCUAUACGUGUUUGGACUGUGGGGAAAGUUUCAGAAUCCCAUCAUCACUUGUUUUACAUCAGAGAAUCCACACAGGAGAAAGCCCCCAUAAGUGCUUAGAAUGUGGGAAAAAAUUUGUACGGCGGUCAGAUCUUAUUAAACAUCAGGUAAUCCACACAGGGGUAAGAUCCCAUAAGUGUUUAGUCUGUGGGAAAAGUUUCAUACGGAGGUCAGAUCUUGUUAAACAUCAGAGAAUCCACACAGGAGAGAGACCUCACAAAUGUGUGGACUGUGGGAAAAGUUUUAUAGAGAGGUCAGCCCUUGUUAAACAUCAGAGAAUCCACACAAGAGAAAACUCUCAUAAGUGCUUAGACUGUGGAAAAAGUUUUAUACGGGGGUCUUGGCUUGUUAAACAUCAGAAAAUCCACACAGGGGAGAAGCCCAAUCAGUGCGUGGGCUGUGGGAAAAAUUUUGUACGGCGGUCAAACCUUAUUAAACAUCAGGCAAUCCACACAGGAGAGAGACCCAACAAGUGCUUAGACUGUGGGAAAGCUUUUGUAUGGAGGUCAGACCUCAUUAAACAUCAGGUAAGCCACACAGGAGAGAGACCCUAUAAGUGUUUGGAAUGUGGAAAAUGUUUCACAUACAGAUCACAUCUUAAAGCACAUCAGAGGAUCCACACUGGAGAGAGACCCCAUAAGUGUUUGGACUGUGGGAAAAGUUUCAUAAGCCGAUCAGCCCUUGUUUCACAUCAGAGAAUCCACACUGGAGAGAGACCCUAUAAGUGCUUGGACUGUGGGAAAAGCUACACACGGAGCUCACACCUCACUAAACACGGGAGAAUCCACACAGGAUCUAAACUUCUGUGACACGUGGCCAGGAAGGGUUAAGCAACUUGCAGGCUAAUUGACCCAGAUUCAACCUUUAGGUUAGAGUUGUCUGUAAAUGCUAAUUAGGGCCAUUCCACAAUAGAUAAGCUAGAGCUUUGAAAUGUAAACUUUUAUGGUUAAAGAACUGGAAGAAGCUAGUAAUUGUAAUUGUCUAUGUUUACUUACAUCUUGUUAGAGGUUAACAGUGUAACCAAAGAGUUCCUGUCUAGGGUUGUAUUCUGUUCAAUCUGAGAUGGAAAGGAAAUAUUAACAUAUAGAUAAAAUUUCGGUGUAAUAAUGUCAUUGUCUACAUGUCUCUUUAAAGUUUGUGGUAAACUGUUCAUUAACUGCUUUAUGGAUAUUUACCUUGUUUUAAUCCAUGUAAUUAAUUACCAGUGAUGUUUACGAA